AUUUUGAAGUGUUACCACUUUCGGCAACCUAGUAACGCUAUAAACAUCAUGGCGGGUCACUUUUAAUGUGCGUCAAAUCUCUUUUAAUGACGUUGAUGUUAAUUCUUUGUGCAUGUAUUUCACUAUAUGCAAUGUUUAAAUAAGAAAUUAUACUCAAAGAUGUUUCAAGGCAUUUUGCAAUCAAAUGUCUUACUAGUAAGUCUGACAAGUCUUCUUUGAUCAGAGUCAAACAUAUCUACAACAACUAUAGCUCAAAUUUCUAAACAGAAAACAAACUAAAACUAGAGCUAAAAAGUAAAGACAGCCAAGAUGAAAAUAUGGUGAUUUUGUAAAAAAAAAAAAAAGCCUGCAUUUGAAAUUUAGAGCUUUGCUUAUUCUAAGUUUGCAACUACAAAGACAAUUAUUUGUUAAAAAAUACCUUAGAAGUUAAUCAUGGGAUCAGGGUCUUCAAAGAAAUCGACUGUUAUUUUUUCAUCCAAACCACAAACACAUCAGAAUCAGGCUCCAGUUGUAGUAAGUGUCCAAGACAAGAAACAUGUGGAUCUGUCUAGUGGUGAAAUCAAAAAGAAGUUUAAACGCUACUUAAAGAUUCAAAAAGAGAUUCAUGAAAAGGAAGCCAAGAACAUUCCGAAAUCUUUGCAAUUAAAAAAGGAGCAGCUGACACAGUUAGAGAUUUCCUUUGUAGAGUCAGACAAGAACUACAAGGCUGCCUGUGACAAGGUGGCUAAAGAGCAAGCAGAUGUAGAUAAGUUGAAAAAUCCAUCAGUGAAAGCUUUUUUUAAAGAUCAGAAUGAAUUUGAUGAAAAGAUGUCUAAAGAGCAGGAAGAGCUGUUGGAAGCCCUCAAUGAGCAAGAGGUAGCCAAGAAACACCUGGAAGGAAUAGUGAGUCAAAAAAAGACAUUGGAUAAAGAGAUCCGUGAUACAACAGAGAAACUAAAUAAACUCAUGACCUUGUAUGAUGAACAGGACAAAAUAUUGAAUGACAUAUUUCAAGGCAAGUAUGGCUCAGAGCUGGAGAACAAAUUAGAAGAGGAAGUAGAGCAGCUCUUGGACAGAAAAGAAAGAAUCAGUGUGGCCAAGUACAAGUGGUCCAAUGGCCGGCUGUUGUUGUUUCAUGCGUGCAACCAAUUGGCCUAUGCUGUUAAACGUUGGCAAGACUUGGGUCAAGUCGAUAAUAAUAAUAUGCAAGUCAAAUUUCAACUUGCAACAGAGACUAGAAAUAAUCUGAUUGCUGCAAGCCAAAACAUAAUGACAGCUAAAAGAUACCUUAACAAUAUCAAGUUUCCUUACUGUGAGCCUGAAGAGAUAGACACUUUGAACAGAGCAACAGGCAACAUUUACAUAGACAUGCAGAAUCCUGAGAGACACCAGCAUGCACUUCAGUGUUACAAUGUCACACACAAGAGAUGUGCAGCCCUCCUUCAGUGGUUUGACAGUGUUAUCAGCAAUACUAUUGAAAAAGAUCUUGCGGUGGCCAAAGCAGACUUGGCACCUAAAGAACAAGCACUGAGGAAUGAGAGACUGCGACUGAUCAGAGAGAAACUUGGUGAUGACAACACUGAGGAUAUUAAACUAGAAAAUGAUAUGAUUGAUGAAUUUGAUACUGAUGUAUUAGAGCCUGAACUUUUGGCUAUUUCAAAGCCAGAGGGAGAUAAUGGCAAGCUGGCUGCAAGUGACAGCCACAACACUCUAGCUCCGACUCCACUUCCUCUCAAUGAGCUUGCACCCCCACCAUCACAAGAGGAUUUAUUUGGUAACAUUGAGCAGCUGAAAAAGCAGCAUGAGAAAGAAAUGGCACAGAUUGAGAAAGCCCAGGAAACCAAUAAGGCAAGGAUAGAGCAAGGUCUCCAGGAGAAGCUGAAAGAGAGAAGGACAAAAAGAAGCAGACUUCAGGAAGAAUAAUCUUAACAUCUUCAGCAUAGAGUGACAGGACUUUACUUUUAGAAGGACACGACAACUGUAUUAUAUCAUUAAAAAAACAUAUCCUUAUUUUUUAUGUUAUUAAUAAAAAAUGUAAAGCAGGAAAGUAAAACUGUAAAGCUACAAAGUAGAAAUGUAAAGCUUUUACAAAGUAAAACUCUAAAACUACAUAAUAAAACUGUAAAACAGCAAAGUUAAUAAACCUGAACAUAAUCUUCUCUAGUUGUAGAAGAAGAGAUUAAUUAAUGUAAGGGAAUUAAUUAGUUAUAAAAAGGUUAUACAUUUUAUUAAAAAUAACAUUUCAAUAAAUUCUAGGUCUAAAAUAAAAAAAACAAAAACAACUCUUGUUAGUAUUUUGAGUUAUUUGACCUAAUUAACUUGGCUAUAACAAUCUCUUCUUGUUUUUAUCAUGCGGAAGCCUUUUGAACAGUGAUACACUUUGGCUAUUAAAAUAUAUACUAUUUAUAAUGUUAUUUUCAUAAUAUAUCUAUUUCUACUUCAAUGCUGUGAUAUCUACAUGAAUAUAAUUGAUUUUAACAUUGAUCCUCUUAUAUACUCAGUUUUUAAUUCUAUUUUGUCCCAGGUUUUUUGUUGUUGUUUCAAUGAAAUAGUCUUACAUGAUGGAAAGAAUUAUUUUAUAUAUAUAUUUAAAGUGUUUGCCUUUCUACAGUGGCCAAAAUAUUUUAUUUGUUGAGUGUGUUUUUGAUGGAUUGAAAUUGUUACCAUGUCUUUAAAAGGCCUAGUUGAACAAGCAGCAAAGAUGUUUAUAGACCUGAAUGGCUGCACUUAUAUACUCAUUUCAUGUCGGAAUAAAGACUUGUAAGUAUUUAGUUCUUGAUGUGGGAGAACAGUUAGCAAUACAAACAAUAGAAUCACUGUGUGCAGACAAAACCAAAAAUAAAAACCAGCAAAACAUUCUUUAUUAAAUCUACUUUACUACAUGCUAGAUGGGAUGUAAUAGUUACCACCUUUGAUAGGCUAAUUAUUUUCAUUAGGUUACACAAUCAAAAGCUAUAACAUUUUAUUCACAACUAAUUAGUAAACAUUUGUGAUAAAAACAAACGUAACCCAUGCAGAAAUUGUGCAAUCAAAUUAUCAAAUCUCUGUCUUGCAGGAGAACCCAGUGAACAUUUUUAAAAAAUCUAUUUCAUUUUGGCUGAUUGAUAAUUCAUUCAACUGUACAUAAUUAUUAUGUUAGUUAAUUUAAUUUAAAAAAAUAUAUUUUGUAUAUUGUAUUGCAGGAAAUAGUUAUGAAUAUAUUUAUAUAUAUUAAUGCUCAAUUUUUAAAAUGCUGGUUUUCAUUUUUUUCUGAUACUACAUUGUCUUUUUAUAGAUUUCUUUUUCUUUCUUCUGGUUAGUAUCAAAAAAGACUUAGAGUCAGUCACAGUCAACUGCUGCCUAUUUCCCAGUUGCUGCUCUAUAUAUUGGCAGUAGAUUAUUUGAAUAGCACAUAUUGGGAUUUAUGUUUUUCUUAAACAAACAUUUUUUUUUUUUUUUAGAUAUUGCAUAUGGUCACAUAGGAAGCUAUUCCAAAUAUUUACUCUCUAAAAAUAUUCCUGUCAUUUCUUAAAAAUAUCCAUCCAUUUCAGUGCUAUCUGCUAAUCAAUUAAGCAAAUACCAAAUAGCAUAAAGGAGAUUGAAAAUAUCCAUAGCAACAUAUAUAUAACUAUUUUAGUGCAGGGUUACUCUGAGAGAGUUAACUUUGCUAGUGCUGGUGAAUGCAGUGUUACUCUCAGCAAGUAACUUGGUUUAUAAUAUUUAUUUUAGUAUCUUUUAAAUGUUAUAUGUUUACUUUCUCUCCUUCUUUUUUACAUUUAUCUGGAUGUGAGAGUGAUUUGUUUGUUUUGGUUGUAAAUUGGAUGCAGGGACAAUAUGUUAAAAAAAAAACAAAAAAAUCCUUGUGUAAGUGUUUCCUCUUUUUUUAGUUUGAAUCGCAAGCCUGAAAAUUGUAAAUAAUACAAUUUCCUAGUGUAUUUGUUUAUCUUUUAUGAAAUUUCAAUUAAAAAUUAAAUUUUGUGAUUUUUCAUUAUUUAAAUGUAUAAUUAAAAGGUUAAAUCUUUUAUUAUAUUGAUUUUUUUAAUAAUUUUAUUUUUAUUUAUUUCCUUUUUCAAUGCUCAGUUUAAACUUAACUUUAAAAAUAUUUUGUCGACUAAUUUAUUAUAUUUCACUUUUGUAGCCAAUUCAAUUUUCUUUAAAAUAAAAUAUAUGUUUAAAUUAUAUAAUAAAAUAAAAAAGUUACUUUAGUUCUGGUAACUCUACUGCCCUUGCAGAUUUUUGUUAAUUCUAGAAAACUCAAUUUUUUUCCCUAUCAAAAUAAUUGGCACUGAAAGAGUUAAGAAAGAAUUGUCUAAGUUUUUUAUUGUAUGAAUAACUCUUGUUCUUUCAAAAGCAAACUUAUUCAUGUUUAUUUACUUUUCGUGUUGAUGAGAGAUUUAUAAUGUAUGCAUAAGUCUAAAGAAACUUAAUGUUAAUAUAAUAUCAUCUGUACAUUUGAUUGUUGUUAUGGAAGUCUGCCUUUAUUUCUAGAUAACCCAAACCCAUAAACAACAAGAUAAUUUUUAUCAUAUCCUAUUACUUCUUGCUAGAAAUCAGUUUCCCAGACUUCCAUAUCAUUUUCAGAUAUCAUUGGCCUGCCUCCUUGCACUAGCCAAUUAAUGUGACAAAUAGGAUGGAUUUGGUAAUAUGUUCAUUUAGUUUUUUAAUUACGAUUUUUUUUCUUUUUGACCUACUCAUUUAACUCUUUGCCUGCGUAAAUGUUUUCUAGCAUAAGUCUUUAAUUUUUUUGCUUUGUGCAUUAUAAAAAAACAACAAACUGUGAUAUUUGGACAUUUGAAUUUUUAAAAAAUUCCAACCCAAGAGAAUUAUGAACAACAUUUAAAGUUUUUAAAAUAAGUUUCUUCAUUGUUUUUCUCUCCACAUUAAUUUCAAGUAUGUUAAUGUUAAAAUUCUUUUUGUUAUGAAAUCAUUGCAAAAAGUUUUCUUUUCAAUAUAUAUAUAUGUCAAGUCUGUUUAAUUGGACUACAUCAGGGCAUAAUUGUUUUGGUCUUAAUAAUCAGCUUGUCUAAUUAACAGGUCUAGACUGAAUUAUAGGAUUUAUUUUGGUACUUCGGGAUUCAGCCCAAAUAAUAUAUAUAUAAAACAUCCACACAUUAUUUACUAUUUACAUUUACUAUCAACAUUGAGAGGUCUAUGACACUGUUGCAUUGUUUUUGUUUUUUUUUUAAUCUCUGUGCCAACAUUGUUUCUUUUUAUUUUUUAAAAAGUUUUAUUGUACAAGUGCGUAUUAUUUGUACUAACUGUUAAUAUUGUUUUACACGCAUACCUCUAUGCAAAUAUUUUAUACCACUGAUUUUAGCUCUUUUUAAUUUUCAAGGUAUUGAACUUGAUGUUUCAUCGACUUAGCAUCCACUUAGAAACUCAAUACUUCAUGACAUUUCUAGCCCCCCAAAAAGGCUCUGUUGUAUUUUGAAAAUGUUUAAAAGGGAAAAAGUUUGUUCUGCAAGAUUUGUGAGACUUUUGAAAGUUUAGGGCAAAUAAACACAUCUCCUGUC